AUGCUAUUGAACAUUCUUGUUUUAGAGAUUAUCCCAUUUGACGACAAACGCGAGAAUAUCCUCUUAAAAGCUCGUAAAGAGGGCACACUUGUUGUAGAUGCAAGUGGAUCCAUUGGGCAAUAUUACAGUUCCAAGUGCAAUCCAACAUAUCCAAAUAUGACAAUCCGUGAUAAGGAUGACGGAUUUGAUUGGUGCUCUUCCGUAGCUAAAGAUAACAAUCAUAAGCCUUGGCUCGGAUUUUCUGUCAAAAACAACAAGAUUAGUGUUACAGGCUAUUCUGUUAGAGCAGGAUGCUGCUACUAUGGAUGCUGCUGCCUUGAUGAUAACACUUUUGUACGAGGAUGCUGCUGUGAAUUAUAUUCUUGGUCAUUAAGAGGUUCAAAUGAUAACAUUACAUGGGUAACCAUCCACAAGGUCGAGAAGGAUUCAAAGAUGAGAUAUUGCACAAACAGAUCUUACGACUUCAAGCCAUCAAAGUUCUUUAAGUAUGUUCGCUUAUUCCAGGACGAGGUACCUUCUUACUGCGAUUUCUGCAUGGUUGUUAAUAGAUUCGAGUUAUAUGGAAAGACAGAAACCGGCAAUGCAGUUAUAUUUGACGAUGAAACCGAAUUAGAAAGCGACGAAGAAAUUUCUAUUAUCGGAAAGGUUAAAAACUAA